AUGAAUUUCCUUGCUUCAGAUUCCAUGGGACCUCCCAAGUCUCGAUCGCGUGCACAUUACGUUGCUGACGAUGCGCUGGUCAUUGGACGCGAAGCAAAGAUGUUACGGGACGCAACGGCAUCAGCGAUCACAGAUCCAUGGAAGGACGUGAAAGAGAGCGGAUUUCUGGUCGACUACAGAAGGAUGAAUGUGGCAAUUUCGCGGUGCCGUCAUGGGCAAAUCAUCCUGGGACAUGUCCGAAUGUUACAAAAGAUCACUGGAACAGGGUUAUCAGUUGGUCGAUCUCGCCAGGAGCCAUCGUCAGCCGAUCUGACCUAG